CAUUAAAAGUAUCCAAUUUUAUUACUAUAAAAUUGAAGAUGGAACAACUUGCCUAAUGUGUGCAUGAUGUGUUAUUCUGCAACUUGAUUGCUGUAGUCAACUUUAAAAGUUAAAACUUGUACAAUUCUUUAUUUUUUUCUCUCAAGAAUGGCUGCUAGAUUUUCUUUCUUUUUUAUCACAAUCUUGAUCUUGGUUUUCCCCAUUGUUGAAGGUCGAAUUCUUGAACAUGUAGGUUCGGAAAUUAGUAGUGAAUGGAUCUCAGAUGGAGUUGAACACAACUUCAAGAAUCAGUCAAAUUAUCUAAGUCUAGGCAACUUGAAAGAGCUUUCUUCAGGGGAUCAAUGUAAUCAUAUAUAUGGUUUUUUUCCAUGUGCAGAGAAUAUUGGAGGGUACUUAUUCAUGAUAGUCACAUUUCAGUACUUGUUGAUUCUUGGUGAGAAAGUACUGGCCAUUGGAAGCAACAGGCUCUUUAGUAUCCUUGACACUGGUAUUUUUGGUGCAAGUGUCUUUCCCACACUUAUAACUUGGCCAAGAAUUGUUUUGGCCUUUGCAUCUGGACUAUUGGUUAGUAAAGAGAAAGCUCAAGUAUCAGUAUCUUCUGCACUUGGUUCCAAUGUUGGUUCUAGUGUCUUAAAUCUUACAGUGCUUUGGGGGAUAUGUGUUAUACUUGCUAGACAAAAUACCUCAGGAAAUUCCAAUAGUGCAGAAUCCUCCUCUCCAACUUUGAAGUUGGAGGACUUGAAGAGUAAAGGAGUCAUAACAAACAAUCUUACUGGUUAUAUAGCUGGAAUUAUGUUUCUCUCACUUACACCAUUCAUAAUAAUGCUAUUCGGCGAUAUCAUCAGUUCAUCAGUAGGAAAGCACAUCACCAUUCUUGUUGCUCUUAUUGUAUCAGUCACAUUUUUGCUGUCAUAUUUCAGUUACCAGAUGUGGAAUCCAUUGAUUCAACAAAAGAGUUUAGAGUACAUAAAACACCAAAAUCUGGUGCAAGUAUUUGUGCAGCAUAUCCAAAGGCAAGCAAGAGGAAAACUCUUUAAAGGGGGCCGUCCUGACAUUAGCGCGCUUAAAAGAUUAUUUGCCAAAACAGACAAAGAUAGGAGCCACUCAAUAACAGUCACUGAACUAGAAGAACUGGUAAAACAGCUUGAAUCUGGAAAGGUUGAAGUGGACAGUGACUUUGCCCUGUUAACACUGUCUAGAAUAUUAGACAAAAACAGAGAUGGACGAAUAAACGAAGAAGAGUUCAUUGAGGGAUCCAAGAAUUUGAUACAGGAAGCUAAGGAUGAUUCCACCUCGAAGAAAUUUCUUGAUGAGGUAGUUAAGGCAUACACGGAGGGACAACGAAAAGAGAUAGUUAAGAUUGAGGAGCUCGUACCAAGAGUUUUGAAGCAAAUUCAGAACCAAGCAAAUGUAUCUGAAGGCCUUCGAAAAGAUGAUGGUAGCCCCAACAUCGAAUCCAUUAAAAGGCUCUUCCGAAAGUUAGAUGAUGAUCACAACAGUUAUUUAACACUGUCAGAACUGGAGAAGCUAACAGAAAAUGUCAAAUUCCGAGAGGCACACCCAGAUCACAAAACCUCUGUAGAGGAAAUCAUGAAGUAUUUCGAUGAAAAUGAUGAUCACAUGAUCGAUGAAAAUGAAUUUCUCCAUGGUGUGACAUAUUGGCUUCGUAAUGCCAAGCAAAUUACCAAAGAACACCAUGAUAAGGUGAUGUGGGGAGAAGUCGACAAGCUGUUGGAUGAAGCAGAAAGAGGAAACCAUAGACUUUUGAACCACUCUUUGGUGUUAGAAUGGGAAUUCAGCAAGUCUGUGUUGCAAGUGAUUUUGGGCAUUGCUAUAUUGACACUGUGUGCAGAUCCAAUCAUGGAUAACAUUAUACGACUGGCACGUGCAAUUGGUGUGCCUUCUUUCUUCCUAUCAUUUGUCAUAGUACCUUUGUCUGUCAAUGCAAGAACUGCAAUAGAGGCAAUAACUUUACUAUCUUCAGCUAAUCAGCAGAGUUGCACAACUUCUUCUUUGACAUUUUCCGAGAUCUAUGUGGGGGUGAUCAUGAACAACAUUAUGGGGAUGUCAACUGUGUUAACUUUAUUAUAUGCGAAGGACUUGAGAUGGGAGUAUUCAGCUGAAGUGUUGGUAUCUAUGGUGAUCUGUGCUGUAACUGGCUCUUUUGCUUUCAUCCGUACCACUUAUCCACUUUGGACUUGCAUUGCAGCUUUCCUGUUUUAUCCAAUCGCACUUGUACUACUUUAUAUUUACCAAUAGUUACAAUCUAAUUAUUCUUGCAAUUAAAAUCCUCUAUUCUACUCAUUUCUGUUACUGCUUUACAUUGUUCUCCAUUCUUUUGUAAUUUAGAUCUACUAAUCACAGAUUCUCUAACCUUAAUUUUUUAAAUUCUCUUUCUUUCUGGUU